AUGCUGGGCGUGGAGGGCAUGCUCUUGCCCGAGGUACUGACAUCGACUGGUAUCCUUAACGUCCCCAAAUGGUACGAUGCUGGAAAAUCCGAGUACUUUGCCUCGUCAUCGACUUUGUUUGUGAUCGAGUUCAUAUUGUUCCACUACGUGGAGAUUAGGCGACUGCCCCUGAACGAGGUCGGCUAUCCGGGCGGCAUUUUCAAUCCCCUCAAAUUCACACCGACUCUCGAGGCCAAGGAAAAGGAGAUCGCCAACGAGCAAAAAACUGUAGGAACAAGAAAGGCCUUCCCUCCUCAACCCCAACCCGACCCGCCCAGCCGGGCUAGGCCAUUCUUCCCUCCGCCUUCUGCAGCCUCACUUGUCUACCGCAAGAUCUCAACAGACGAGCUCUCGCCAUUCGCAGACCUCCAAAUUUCGCCGGAAAACCCGAACCCGAAGAGCUUCCCCCACAGCGUGAAGCAGCGGUGCUGGGCCAAAGCGGAUAAAAUCAAGGGGCGCGACCCGGACAGGUGGCGCCGUGACCCGUUGGGCAACAUUGUGUUCAGGAAGCUCGUGGGUUGUCCCUGUUGCCUCUCCCAUGAUUUCAAUCACAUUGUUCCAUACUCGAAGUGGGUUAGUGGAAAUGUGGGAUUUUGGUUGUGCAGAGUUGUUGAUUGA